AUGGAGAUGACGACGAUGGGCGGCGCGGUGGCCAAACGGCACAAGAUGUGGAUGUGGUACCACGUGGAACUCGAGGAUACCGUACUCGUCAAGAGUUGGACCGUUUUCGAUGCGGCAAGUAAGUCUAAUCCUUAUCAGAGAGAAGUAAUUGAGAAAAACUAUAAAAGAAAUUUGGAACUCAUUGAACUUUGCAUUACGCCUUUCCUUCUCUAACCUAUCCGAAACAGUACAUUUUUGAGCAAUGGUGUGGACGUGUGCGGUGAUUGGCGCUGCUGGAAUCGUGCUGGAGGGGCUGAAGUACGCGAGAUGGGCGAGUGAACAGCACGCGAAAAGCCAUCAGAAGAAGGCGGAUUCGAAGACAAAGUACGGAGGAAUUGAGAUUCCCAAAAGAGAGAUUAAGGGGCGGACACUGUGGGUUUUAUGAUCAUCUUCAUUACUUCCCUAACUUGAAGGGUCCAGACUUUGGAUCCAGUUGCUAUUAUCUAUUAUGAAUGUAUAUUCACAACAUUAACCUACCGUAAUGAUCAUUUAUAAAAACGAUGUGAACGUUUAGGCCCAAAAGCUCAGUAUUACAGUUUCUGGAAGCGUCACAUAAUCGACACGUUCUACCACUUUUGGCAGUUGCUGUUGGCCUACAUCCUCAUGAACGUCUACAUGGUCUUCUCGGUAACAAUCCCCUCCAACUCUUCGGAACCUUUGCCCUGUCCUCAUCUUGCAGGUCUACAUUUGUUUGUCGCUGUGUUUGGGCCUCGCCAUCGGACACUUCAUUUUCGCGUCGAGAACUGGACAAUAG